GCUCACCGUUCAGAGGCCUGUUUGGCUGGAAGAAGAGGAGCGAAGAUCCCGCCUGUUGCAGGAGGAAAGAGCUGAGGAAGAAGAAAGAGCGCGUCGGCUUCAGAGAGAGGCCGAAGUGAAUGAGAUGAGAAGGAGGCUUCAGUCUCUUGAAGAGGAGAACUUGCGUUUGAAGAUGGAGCGAGAGAAUUUGCGGCAGAGCAUAGCUCAGCAGAAGGGUUCUAGCUAUGGCACCCCAGAAGAUAAAGAUGCUGAAGUUUUUCCCAAGGAGGCUGAGACCACCAAAGAGGAGGCCCAGACCCCCAAGGGAGGAUCAGGUGAGGCAGAGGAUCAAAAGGAAGAGAACAGAGGGUCAGCUGGAGCUCAGCUGCCGAUGAAUGAGGAGCGUAAGCUGCAAGCAACAAUGAUGCAGAGCAUGGUGAAGCUCAUGGAGGGCAUGCAGACUAUGCAAGCGCAGAUUUUGGACGUUCGGCGUCAGAAAGACGUUGAAGUUGUCAAGAAUGCGGCAGUGGAGUUGCCGAAGUUGCAAGAGUGGAAGGCUGAUACAGCCCCUUUGGAUUUGGCAGACUGGCUGUUGGUCGUAGAACCGGUCCUUUCCACAGGGCUCUCAGAGAAAGGGGCCAUUCUCACGGCCUUAGAUUCUCCGGAGGAGGCAUCAAGCUUGGCUGGAGCGGUGACUGGUCUUCGACGUUGGCUGCGAUGGCAUCGAAGGGCUGGAGAAGUUGGUGUUACCCGCCCAGAUGCGACUUUGCAAAUCAAAGGUCUUGGGCGUUUGAUGAAGCACGCCGAUUUGGCGUUUAGAGUGCAACUAUCGAGAAGCAGUUUGCAAGUGGAUACAGCUCCAACUGAAGCGUCAGUGAUGACGUUUGCCAACCAUCUACUUGCGGAAGUGGAACAAAUAGCACAUCAAGACAAGAGGAGAAGAGAAGAUGCGAAGGGCAGCACAGAACCGAAGGCAAAGAGGCUGGAGGAGGUUUCUGGAGGUUCAAAAGGUGAAGGCAAGGCAUGGAAGGGAGAAGUGGGCAGUUUUCGACUCCAUGUAAGUUUUUUCAGUCAGAGGAGGGCUGUAAGAAGGGCAAGCAAUGCACAUGGAGCCAUGUCCUGGAAGGAGACCGAAGGGGAGCCUCUCAGAGACCAAGGCGAGAAAGGUCAGAAGGGAGGAGAAGGCAAGGGUUUCCACAAGCCCAGUGGCAAGGCUUUGAAGAAGGGCGAGAGCCAACAGAAAGAAGAAGGGCCUGGAGGAGAAGCCGAAAGCAGGACAAAGGAUGAAAGACUGACUGCCAUGCAAGGCCAGUUGGAUGAACUCCGGAAGCUGAAGGUUUUGAGGCUGUCACGCAUAGGGAAGGAACAAGAAGCCUAUGGCCUGCUCGACAGUGGAGCAACCAACCCCAUGCGUGGCAAAAGAAGAGGAGAAGAUCUGUCACAACUGGAAGAGGUCCAGGUGACGCUGGCCGACGGCAGUCAGGUAUCCCGGCUUGAUGCCAUGAGGAUGAUUCAGAAGCUGGAGGAGGUGGAGACGCCAAGAAUGCAGGCCCUGAAGCUUAGCCAAGAAGAGAUGUGGCUGUGGGAGUUGAUGGAAGCCCAUCCGGUACUGAAGAUGUUGCCGGAAGCCAUCAAAAGAAGAUUGGUGGUGAAGCCAGCGGAGGAUCUCAGAGGUAUCCCUGAUGCAAACCGCCGAAGAAGAAGAGUGAUGGCGGAACAGGGGUUCGUGGUUCACCUCUAUGCCGGUGAGAGUGCCGGGUACAGCCUCAGCCGAGCGUUCAAAGAAGCAGGAGGAGAUGGACGAAGGCUGGUGGAAAUAGAUGUAAGGAGGGAAAACCACGAGAAGCACAAGAAAGGAGCACACGACAUGCUCGAUGAUGAGAAUGGACCUUUUGCGUCCCUACUGAGGAGUGCCUUGGAUGGAUCGCUGCUGGGCAUUGUCAUGGGCCCAAAUUGUAGGUCGAGCAGUGAAGCCCACGACGUUCGCCGGCAACAUCACCCUGAGGCUGCCGGAGGAAGACCAAGCAGAGAGCUAAGAGGAGUCGGCAGCGAAAGCUCGGGUGAUGAACUCAGCGGAGCUGUCAAGAUGGCCGCCGGGAAUGAUGAAAGAAGUUGCCACGAGGAUCCAACAAGAUGUCCUUCAAGCGAAGCUGAAGGUGUGAUGAGCCUUGAUGUCACCGGUCCCUACAAGAAAGGGAAGGACAUCGAUGGUGAAGCCAAGUUCAUGUUGAUUGGCACCUACACCUGGCUCAGACCCCCCGAUGAGGAAGAGGCAACAGAAGUUGAUGAAGAACCAGAGCUCGAAGCCCAAGAAGAUGAGGAUCAGUGGCCAGAGAUUGAAGAUCAAGAAGCCGCACAAGAGGAAGAAGAAGAGCAGGCAGAAGCAGCAGAAGACCCCCAGGAAGAGCAACAAGCAGAACCCCCACGAGCAUUUGAGGAGCCCCCCGAACCCCCAAAGAUUGAGGUGAUGAGAAUCGGCAUUCCCAUCAAAGGGAAGCACAAGAAGCAGUCUUGA